AAAAGGAGACCAUCGAUGCUGCUGGGCUCGAUUUCUCCUCCCUGGCUACUCUACUGACAGUGUGUGAAGGAGCAAGAUGGAUGCCAUAUGCCUGCGAUGCAGUGACUGUCAGGGCCCCCUCCUCCUCCUGCACUAUUGAUGAGAAGCGGCCACCUGGACACUGGAGGAACGGGUGGUAGUGGAGGCAGUGGAGAGAGCUGUAAAUCAAUGCUGGCAGCUUCAGCCGCUUCUCAUCAUCAGCAACGGGCCAGGCCCCCUCCUCCUCCACCGCUCCCUGCCCCUAUCGCUUCUGCUCCGUUCCCUGCACUGGGCUGGCAGCGAGCCAGAGAAUUGCACAUGAGUGAUUGUUUCUAUAGUGUUUGAAACUGCCUGCAUUCCGUUUAGCUGACAGACCUACGUGUGCCUUGUAGCUGGAUGUGAUGCAAUGACUGUCCAAAAGCUGAGAGUCUCAGUGGAACAAGAUCUGCUUUGCGCAUCAGGAAUUUGGCUUUGUACUUCCUCUGUGAGUGACUAAGUGGGACAGAACAGGACAUCGCUUACAGAAAUCAGAACGUCCCACUCCUGAUCCACUCUACCGAUGUGACGCUUUGGUCCCAUUUACCCCACGCCUGUCACCAGUGCUGUUAUGACCGUACCAGGCCUCGCAUCUUGCUGAGUGCACUUGCACCAUUUACUGUACUAUGUUUGGGCGAGUCUGAGUGGAUUCAUGCUAAUCAUUACUACUCAGUUUUGUGCACGUUCUGAAAAGGCGGAAGUGACGGCGGCGCUCGGCCCCGGGAGAAUCAUCUCCCCCUCCCAGCCCGGUGCACACAGGGAGGGCUGUGUCCGGGGGCCCCGGGAAUUUCAGCCUGCUGCUCCACGCUUCUCACCUGUCACCAUGGCGACUAACCUGCGGAAGGGCGGCGGGUUGAUCGGGCUGGUGAAAGAUGCCUUCCAGCCUCACCACCACCAUCCGACUGCGCAGCCGGGGGCCGUGGACCGGAAGACGGUGGAGAAAUGUUGGAAACUCAUGGAUAAGGUUGUUCGGUUGUGCCAGAAUCAAAGGCUAGCUCUGAAGAAUAGCCCUCCAUACAUUCUAGACCUACUUCCUGACACUUAUCAACACCUUCGGACCAUUAUGUCCCGAUAUGAGGGAAAAAUGGAGAUUCUGGGAGAAAAUGAAUAUUUUCGUGUUUUCAUUGAAAACCUCUUAAAGAAGACUAAGCAAACAAUAAGCCUGUUUAAAGAGGGCAAGGAACGCAUGUAUGAGGAGAACUCUCAGCCAAGAAGGAACUUGACAAAGUUAUCGCUCAUCUUUAGUCACAUGCUGGCAGAGGUGAAAGCUAUCUUCCCUAAUGGACAAUUCCAAGGCGAUUCAUUCCGAAUAACCAAGGCAGAUGCAGCGGAAUUCUGGCGGAACGCAUUUGGAGAGAAAACUAUAGUCCCCUGGAAGAUUUUCCGUCUUGCACUGCAUGAUGUUCAACCAAUCUCCUCUGGACUGGAAGCCAUGGCACUGAAAUCCACCAUUGACCUCACAUGCAAUGAUUACAUCUCUGUGUUUGAGUUUGAUAUCUUCACUAGGCUUUUUCAGCCAUGGUCCUCUCUUCUCAGGAAUUGGAAUAGUUUGGCUGUAACACAUCCUGGAUACAUGGCCUUUCUGACGUAUGAUGAGGUCAAAGCUCGGCUCCAGAAAUUCAUCCACAAGCCAGGGAGUUAUAUUUUUCGCCUGAGCUGCACACGACUAGGUCAGUGGGCAAUUGGAUAUGUCACAGGCGAUGGAAAUAUUCUACAGACCAUCCCACACAACAAACCACUCUUCCAAGCAUUGAUCGAUGGCUUUCGGGAAGGAUUUUAUCUCUUUCCUGAUGGACGUAACCAAAACUCAGAUCUGACAGGCUUGUGUGAGCCCACCCCUCAGGACCACAUCAAAGUCACUCAGGAACAAUAUGAGCUGUACUGUGAGAUGGGCUCUACCUUCCAGCUCUGCAAGAUCUGUGCUGAGAAUGACAAGGAUGUUAAAAUUGAGCCCUGUGGCCAUCUAAUAUGCACAUCAUGCCUCACCUCCUGGCAGGAAUCUGAGGGACAGGGCUGUCCUUUCUGUCGCUGUGAAAUCAAAGGAACAGAGCCCAUCGUUGUGGAUCCAUUUGACCCAAGAGGUGGUGGCAUGGCAAAAAUGCUUCGGCACUAUAUAGAUGGAACCCCUUCCCCUUGCUACGAUGAUGACGAUGAUGAUAGUGGAAAUGACUCUUUCUUUGUGAUGAAAGAACUGGCAGGGGCGAAGGUGGAAAGACCCCCUUCUCCACUGUUGAUCACCCCACAAGCCUCACUUCCCCCUGUGCCUCCCCGUCUAGACCUGCUGCAGCAGAGGACGCCCAACCAAUCUGGAGCUUGCAGUCCAUCAACUAGUUCCAAGGCUUCCAGCAGUUCACACCACAAAGAUAAGCCUUUGCCUAUGCCCCCAUCUCUGCGAGACCUUCCGCCUCCACCACCCCCAGACAGGCCUCACUCUAUGCCAAGUGAAAGCAGGCCCCAGAGGAGACCUCUACCCUCUACCCCUGCAGAACAGCCCCUUCCAUUGCCCAAUAAUCGACCUGGAGAAACCUGGCAUCCGCGAGCUGUUCCCAAAGCACCUGCCACUAAUUUGACUCCUGGUGACCCUUGGACUGGCGGAAGAGAGUUGACAAAUCGGCAUUCUCUGCCUUUUACACUGCCUUCACACAUUGAUGAGAGGAGAGACCAACAUGGAAGUACACAAAGCUUGGACAACACAGGCAUAAGUGCCACCACAGAAUUGUUUGAAGGACUAGAUACUGAUGAUACCAAAAUGAAGCCAUCUUCCUCUGCAAAUGCUAUUUACUCUUUGGCCGCCAGGCCUUUCCCGGUGCCAAAGCCUCCAGUAGGGGAUCAUGUGGACAGUGGAGAUGAGUCUGAAUAUAUGUGUCCUUCAUCAAGACCCUUGAUUCCUGCUGCAGUACCAAAAUCAGAAGCAAGGAGACCUCUAGAGACUUUACCUGGCUUGCGGCCACCUGACCAGCAGACUGAAAGGGAGUCAUAUGAGACCAUGUACAAUAUCCAGUGCCAAGCUACCGCUCCUGUUGUUGUGGAGCCCAGCAGAGAAGAAGAAACAACUUCUGCAACAGCCAGCAAUGGACCAGAGGAUGACGACAAUGAGGAUGAUGAAUAUGACAUACUGAAACCCCACUUGCCCAUGGCUCCUGCUCGCCGCACCCUCUCUGAUGCUCCCAAUGCCACACCUGCCUUCUGCCCUGGAACCACUGGCAGGGACUCCGGAGCAGGGCUUCUCGAGUCGUCUCAGGUUCCUGAGCGCCCCCCAAAACCAUUUCCAAGGAGGAUGAACUCUGAACGCAGGCCAGUUGUUGAUGGAGGUUCAGGGGAUGCUCCUCCUGCACCAUUAUCCAGCGAGAUUGAGAGCUUGUUGAGUCAAGGUUACUCCCAACAGGACGUGAACAAGGCCUUGCUCAUAGCCCACAAUAAUAUUGAAAUGGCCCGCAACAUCCUGCGUGAGUUUGUGGCCAUCCCUUCGCCGGCUCAUGUCGCCACAUAGCACCUUUGGAACUUGCACACUCCAGCCCUGGGUGGGUAAGGGGAGGAGAGCAACAAGAGCAUACCUCCAUCUCCUGGGCUUUUAAGCUUCAUGGGAGCAACUGCAGGACCAGUGUGGGUAGUUGUGGGUACAGUGGUAGUAAGAGGCGCCAGGUGCCCAUAGUCCCCUUACUGGAAGUAUACAGGGUAUGGGCGUCAGCCUGCCCAGUAACUAGCAGCAUUAAAAGUAAUAUGACCAAUGGCCAUAUGAACGCUCCAUUUUGGAAUGAUCAGAUCCCCCAUCUCUCCCUAAUUCAUUUGCUGCCUGUCUUCAAGAAUGUUCUGGUAUGUUAGGCUCGCAUGGCUCUGUUUAAUGUUUUUGACACAUUGAACAUACUGCCAUUUAAAAUAAAUCGUUGGAUUGCCCACCAUUGAGAUGAGGGGGAUCAGGCGGUUAUAUAUUGUCAUUCAUUGUAAUGUUCAACAACCCUUUUCAUAACUGAAUGAGUUUAUUGGCACGUUUCUCUGCAGUUACAGAGGAUCUCACUCAUUGACUGAAACUGCCUUAGGGAGAGGAACCUUUUGUCACACAGGAGUGGGUGCUUUUAAACCUUUAAAUGGCAUUAUUCAAAAUGAGUUGGGUCUGCUCCCUUAGCCUUUUUUAAUCUUAAUUUUGCGGUUUUCGGUUACUUUUUGUUCAUUUUUUUUGUACAUGUGACUCAAGGCAAUAAGGCAUUCCAGGGUUGGGUGCCCCACUCCCCAAUAUCCAGGGUGCCCAAAUGCCCACACAACUCAGGGUGAAUGGGUGUCUCACUCCAGGAAUGGAAUGGUAGGAACAGAAUUCUGGAGGAGGUGGAAAUAAUCCUUAUUCAAAAGAGUUAGGAUGGCAGUUCAUGCAACACCUAUGUUACAUACAAGCAAGUACAUGCUUCUACAUCAGACUGAUGCUAUUUCAAGUUCCACUGCCACUUAACAUUAACUAGCAUUAAUACAUCACAUACACAGACGAUAAUACAGAUUGUGUGUAAUCUAUUUGUGUAUAAUAUCUAUGUAUAUAAACGGGUAUUUUUAUAUACAUUAUAUAUGUGUAUGUAUAUACAUGGAAAAGCAUUUAUAGCUUCACCCUGUGUACAUAAGCAAGUACAUUUUAGGCUUUCUCUACUCCAGUCUGGGGCAAGAUGAGCUUAUCUAUUCUAUACACUUUGCCAUAUUCUCACACUUAGCAAAUUUACCAAAAUUCAUUACAGGUAUGGGACCGGUUAUCCAGAAAGCUCUGGACUUCUGUAUUGCUUCAGUAUGCUUUCUGUAUAACGGAUCUUUCUGUAACUUGGAUCUUCAUACCAUAAGUCUACUAGAAAA